GGCUACAAUUCAUUCCCAAAUAUACCGUUGGAUGGCGUUAGUAGUCCAUAAUUGAUUUUAAGAUCACGCUAUCGACUGUACAACUCCAAAUGCAUAAGACGUGGAGACUGUGAGAACCAAUUGGCUACUUAUAGUUCCUAAAUAUAUCGCUGGAUGGCGUUAGCAGUUGUUGAUAGAUUUUAAGAUCGCGCUAUCGACUGUACAACUCCAAAUGUAUAAGACCUUGUCUAACAUUUAGUUUGUCAUCGGAUCACAGAAUCAGAUAUUGCAUUGACGGCGCUUCGGCUCUCAGCUGAACACCCUCGAUCCUAUCUGAUAAGUACGGUUCUGUUAGUGCACAUUGUGCCACGCGCGAUUGCCUAACUACACCGCUCUCUCUGUACUUCUUUCUCUCUCUUGUCACGUGUACUCUCACUGUAACCAAUAAAGUUAUCUUCGUGAGACCACCGCUGUUUUCCUAAGUCUGAAACCCCGCAAGCCCUACUACAAGUGGCGCCCAACGGCAAAAAUCUGCAACUCUGGACAACAAACGAAGACCUCAAGGCUCUCCGCCGCAGCCGAAAUUUGUUGUCACACGGGCGUGUCGGAGUUCAACUGUACGUACGACCAAAACUUUAAAGAAGAUGCCUUUAUCGGAAGAACAAUUUAAAACUCUACUGGAAGCAGUGGGCGGAGGUACCAAGAAAGGGUCUUUCGCAGCGUGCACUACCUUCUACGAAGGGGAAAGAGAGAGCAAUGCUGUGGAGGCUUUCCUAGCUGCUGUUUCAGUCUACAAAGAAGUUGAAAGGAUAUCUGAUGAAGAUGCAAUAACUGGUCUCCCUCUUGUCUUGAAGAAGGACGCAGCAACUUGGUGGCAAGGAGUCAAGGAAGGCAUCACACAGUGGAGCGAUUUCAAAAAGAGGCUCCGCCAUGCUUUUGCUCCAAAGAAGCCGGCUUAUAUUAUUUACCAAGAGCUCAUUGGGGUAAAACAAGAGCAUAAUGAGCAUACAGAGAAAUUUAUUGCUCAAAAACGUAUGUUGUUAGCGCAGUUACCAAAACCGGAACACACAGAAGAACAACAGCUAGACAUGAUAUUCGGACAACUUAAACUGUCCAUUAAGGAGAAGGUGCCUAGAACAUCAAUUAAGACAUUUGAUGAAUUAUUGGACAAAGCUCGGGCAGUAGAAGAGGUUAGUAAGGAUAGAGAAUUCGUAAGAGCAGACAGAGAUACGAACCUUAAGGAGAAGAAAGGUUUCAUCAAAAGGGAACGGUGCAACUUUUGUAAGUUGAUGGGCCACAAAACUGAAGAAUGUCGCAAGAAAUUAAAAGCAGAACAAAAUUUACUCUCAUCUAAUUCAUCGGCACAUACACCAAAAAAGCCUAUUGCAACCACGUCUUCUCAAGUCCCUUCACCUACAGCACCGAAAUUUUCUUGUUACGGUUGCGGCACACCAGGCGUGGUACGCAGCAAUUGCGAAACCUGCACGAAGCCGAAGCCAAAGGUACCGGACGAAGAGAUUGGUUUUAAUUCAGUCAACGUUCAAACAGACUCGCGAUCUCGCCCUGUUAUUUACAUCGAGAUCGAAGGCAUUACAGGCACAGCAUAUAUAGACACCUGUGCAAAGAGCAGUGUAGCAUCAUUUGAACUGUACUGUCGCUUAAAAAAUAAAGGUUACCACUUUGAAAAAGCUAAUGUAUGGAUAACACUGGCAGACGGCCAUAGAAGAAAGCAAGACGUACUAACAGUCAAGGCUCUGGUAACUUUAGAUGGACGGACAAUUCCUACAACGUUCAUUGUGUUGCCUAAUUCCAGAGAGAACAAGACACUACUUGGGGUUGGGUUUAUACAAGACGCCAGAAUGCUAUUAAAUAUGGCUCAAUUUACGUACCAGUUUCUGGACGACCCAUAUAUUGAGCAUGAGUUAUACAAGGAAGAUUUCGCUGUCUUUAAUCGCAGUAUUCUAAUGGAUAACUUACACUCACCUGUUGUCGAUAGCGAGCGAGCUUACUGUCCGCUAAGUAAUAUAUCUGAAAGAAAUUCAGAUCUUACUUACCAAAUAACGGAACCAGCAGCUACACCAACGGAUAGUUCAAUCCCUUACCGAUUGCGACGUCUGGACUCGCCCGAAAAGAAAAUAAAGACUUUUGAUGGGUACUCACCACGAUUUGCAGACGCAAUGAUGCGCGAUGCCCAGAUAAAUGUGCAUCGCAUGUACGGCGAACUAGAACUGUCACCAGAAUCAGCAUCCUUAAGAUUUAUAGCGGGUUUUGCCAAAAUAGCAGAGCCACUAACACGUCUUACAAAGAAAAAUGCCCAGUGGGUAUGGGGAAUUGAGCAACAGGUGGCAUAUGAUAAAUUAAAAAAGCUUCUAACCUCAGCGCCUAUACUUCGUCAGGCAGAUGAAACAAAACCUUACCUUAUAAAGACCGACGCAAGCAGCUACGCUAUUGGCGCAGUCUUACUGCAGGGGGAGGGCGAAGAUGAGCGGCCAGUGGAAUAUGCCAGUAGGCUGCUAUCCCCUGCAGAAAGGAAUUAUAAUACCACAGAAAGAGAAGCCCUAGCUGUAGUCUGGGCGGUAUCAAAAUUUCGAGGAUAUAUCGAAAGCCUUCCAGUAACAGUAGUCACUGACCACCAAGCUUUGAGAUGGUUAAUGAAUUUAAAAUCACCAACAGGACGGCUGGCUCGGUGGGCAUUACAAUUACAAUCUUACAACCUAACCAUAAAAUACAGCCCAGGAAAAACAAACGUUGUUGCAGAUACACUUUCUCGCCCAUCGUGUACAAAAGAAAACGAAAAAGAUUGUGGAAUAUGCGUAGUAACGAUAGAUAUGCCAAAGAAAGACCCAGCGAAAAUAAGAGAAGAACAAAUAAAGGAUGAAAAUAUACAAAGAAUAAUAAAGUCCUUAGAAGAUGAAGUAAAUUUCGAGAAUGCCAGGUACUGGAGUGAAAAGGGAUACAUAAUGAACAAUGGAUUACUAUAUCGCAACAGUCCAUCUGUAGAUACAGAAGAUGCACAACUGGUUGUUCCUCAACAUGAAUGGAUGAAUGUUGUUUCAAUAUAUCACGAUGAUCCACUGGCAGGUCAUGGUGGCAGUGAGAAGACAUAUAAUAGAAUAUCAAAGAGGUACUUCUGGUCUGGCAUGAGAAAAUACAUUGAAGGGUAUGUUAAAAACUGUGUCCCAUGCCAACGCUACAAACCAGCAAAUUGGAAACCAGCUGGUCUCUUACAAACUACAACGAUGAAUCAGAGAUUCGAAGUCCUAGCGUUUGACUUAUUUGGCCCAUUACCGCCGUCAAAGAAAAAUAAUACAUGGAUAUUGGUUGUAGAAGAUAUAGCAUCACGUUGGGUGGAACUAUUUGCAUUAGAAGCAGCAACGGCGGAAAAUUGCGCUGCGACUCUAAUCAACGAGAUAUUUUUAAGGUUUGGGGUUCCUAGAAGAAUUUUGAGUGACAACGGUGCUCAAUUUGUCAGCGCAGUUAUGCAGCAAGUAGCAUACUGUUUCAAAAUUAAGCAAUCAUUCACGGCACUCUACCAUCCUCAAGCGAAUCCAGUUGAAAGGAAAAAUCGAGAUUUAAAAACACAGCUAGCGAUACUUGUUGAAGGCGAUCAACAGAACUGGUGUGAACAAUUACCGAGCAUUCGUUUUGCAUUAAAUACAGCCAUAUGUACUUCGACAAACUGUUCUCCAGCAUAUUUAACUUUUGGUAGAGAAUUAAGAACCCCUCAUGAUAAUUUAGAAGACUUCAGACAAAUAUUAAUAACUGAGAAUUUCAUACCAGAAAUAACGCCAAAAAUUAAACUACUGGCUCAAACUAUGACAAAAGCGAAGGAAGUUCAAGAAAUGAAAGAAGAAACCAGGAAACUCUAUGCAGAUAGAGCUAGAAGAAUGGCUCCCGAAUAUAAGGUUGGUGAUUUAGUGCUAGUUAAUACUCACCCAAUCAGCAACGCAGCGAAAGGGUUCUCAGCAAAGUUUGCACCACGAAGAGACGGCCCAUAUGUUAUAUUAGGUCAACAUGGCCCCAGUUCGUACCAACUAGCUACGAAAGAGGAACCAGAUAAAAAAAUUGGAAUACACCACUCUUCAGCUCUCAAGUUAUUUCAUAAACCUGAAAAUUCUAUAGAAUUACCACAACCAGUACAACCGAUACGAAGAAGAGGACGACCUCGAAAGGAACAGACACAAAUAUUGAGAGCUCCUAGAGGACGAGGCAAACCAGAAUAA